AGUGUCAAUUUAUAUUCCCAGUAAACUGUCAACUUUGAUCUCUAAUAAAAACUUAUCAAUUCAUGGUAAUUCUUAUCGAAGUGAAAAAGGUUGGCAUUGAGAACCUCGAAGUUAACGUAAAUAUUCUCAAAGACAAUGGCUUCCCCUGUGAACGUACCAAAUGAAAAUAAUUCGGUUAGGGAGGAAAUGGUUCAAACAGCUAUCAAGUUUCUAGAAAAUCCUAACGUUGUAAAUACUCCACUUGCUCAAAAACAAAAAUUUCUACAAAGAAAAGGUUUAACUGACAAAGAAAUUCAAUUAGCAUGUGAAAAAUCGGGAGCUUAUAUUUUACAUGAUCAACAAAAUCGUCUUCCGCCUCCUCUACCGCAACCUAAUAUGCUUAAUAAUUACCCUUUAUACAGCAAGCCUCUUCAGCUAACUGUCUUUGAUAGAAUAAGAGAAGUUCUGCAUAAUAUUGCAGUUUUUAGCAUUGUUGCAUAUGUAAUACAUAAGUUUUAUGAGCGAUUUAUUGCUCCGUUCCUAUUUGGUAAAAAGAAAAAAUCUAUUGAAGAAUCUAUUGAGGAAUUAGAUAACAAUAUCAAAUCCUCUGUUAGUGAUAUCAAGGAAGAUUUACAUGGUGUUAAAGUUGAAUUGGAUAAAGUUAGUGAUAAUAGUGAUAAUCAGAUGACCAGGCAAUUGUCGGAAUUGAAAUUAGAAAUAGCUAGUGUAAAAGGGCUUCUUUUAGGGAGAAAACAAUUUCCAUCAGUAGCAAACACUCCUGUAAUUCCACCUUCAAUUCCAGCAUGGCAAAUGUCAAGUGUCCCGCCUGAUGGCCAAGACGAUCAUAAAGAAGAGGAAGAAGAAGAGGAAUUAGGAUCUGGUUCUUCUGAACCGGAACACGGGAUGAAAACUAGUGAAUCUAGUUUAGAAAUAAUGUAAGUUCAGUGAAUAUUUUGUUUUCAUGUGAAUAUCAGUAGGUUUUUUGAAAAGUUACUUCAUAAAAGUAUUGGAAUUUGGUUCUAAUUUUAAACAUAUCAGAUAUAUAUGUGUGAAACUAGUGAAACAUGUUGCUAUGGAUAUUGUGCAAUUAUUAAAAAUUGUUUUGAUGUCAAGUGAUAUAUUACAUGAACUGGUGAGUGUUGGCUGCAAGAUUCGGCCACUGGAUAAUUCGUUUGCCAGAUUAGGAUCAGUAAAUCCACCAAUCAAUUUGUGGUGUACCCAAAAGUGUAGCUAUUAGAUCUUUCAGUAGUCUGCUCAUAAAAGAAACUGCAGAGAUGGAUAGAAACACCAAUUAUGAGACAAACUGAUCCUUUGAUGGUCCUUCUGCCUCUCAAACCAAUCAUUUCAUUAACAGGCAAGAAAUCUGGUCAUAUUAGACUAUACUGUAAGCAGGUGGAAUGGUGCUGGUGUUUGGAGAAGGAAGAAACUGCAGAAAAAAGUUAUCUUCUAGUGCACAGAUCAGUUUAAACACAUCAACAAGCCUUAUAGUUUACCUAGUGAUGAUAAAAAGUUGUAGCCAAAGUUUUUGAUUGGUAUUUCAAAAGACAUCGACCAUUGGUAGAGAGUGUUAUGAAGGCCUAUCAAAAGUCCUAUAGACCAUUCACUACCCAACUGUGAACUAUGGGAAUGUAGGGAAAGAUCUGUGAUUAAAUAUUAUAAUGUGGGAUACUGUUUCGAUACGUUUCUUAAUGUCUUUUAACCAGACAUGGUUAUCUAGGAUGCAAGCUCCAUAAUAGAUAUCACGGAUGAUCUAGAAUGGAGCUGGUGCUUGUAGAAAGAAGAAACUGCAUACAAAUGACAUCUGUUAGUGCCCAGAAAGGUUUAAACACAUGGAUAAACAUUAUAGUUUACUUAGUGAUGAUAAAAAGUGGUAGCCAAAGUGUUUGAUGGUAUUUCAAAGGACAUCGACCAUUGGUAGUGAGAUGAGGGUCUAUUAGAAGUCCUAUAGAGGAAGAUCGGUGAUUAAAUAUUUUAAAUUGAGAUUAAGUUAGAAGAUUUGUUGAAAAAUGAGGUUUUCCAGUAAGGAAAUAGCAUUUUUUCAAAGUUUUGUUUUGUGUAUUUGUGAUUCUGCACACUAAAUUUUGUUUAGGUAUACAGUGUGGCUAAUUUUUUUCUAGAUAUUCAUCGAGGGAUUGUGAUUCAGAAUCUUGCCAUAGUAGGAAAAGUAACAAGGAUGAUAUUGAUAAAGACUAAAUAAAAUGAAUAUUCAAAUCAACUCAUGUCAAUAUAAGUUACCUUUUACAUUUAUAUAUUUAUUUUUUAAAUUGAAAACCAAAGUUAAUCUAUUGAGAUUUUGAUAAUUUCUAUUAUUAUUUUUUAAUAUUUGAUUUAAAACUUAUUAAAAGAUUCUUUUACCAGUAUAAAUACUUAUUUAGAUAUUUGGAAUAUUAGAAAAAAAAAUAUUUAAUACUUUUGUACACUUAAGGGUUGAUUAAAAUUUAUACAUAUA